AUGUUUCCUCCAUCGCAGGGCUUGCGAUUGGACAUUGAUGCCAUCAGCCAGAUAUUUGGCUCCAUCAGCAUCGCAUGCUGGAUAGUGGUUUUUUCACCUCAGAUAAUUGAGAACUGGAAGAGAAGCUCAGCAGAGGGCCUUUCGGUAGUCUUUAUUGUGAUAUGGCUUCUCGGGGACUUCUUCAACAUCAUAGGUGCAGUACUGCAGGGUGUGCUGCCAACGAUGACCAUCUUGGCGGUAUACUAUACGCUAGCCGACAUCGUGCUAUUGCUGCAGUGCUUCUACUACAAGGGCUUUACGUUGCGCGAUGAUUUUAAGAAACCGAUGGAUGAAUCCGAUGAGGAUAGUGAAGCUAGCGAGCAGUCACCGCUUCUUCCCCACCGUAGGCCGCAGUCAAGUGGCUCACCCUAUACAAACGGCAACGGCAAUGGGAUCGAGGUACAGAGACCGCGCAUAUCAGACAUCGACAGACGCGGCUCAAGCCACUCACAAGGCUCAUUCCGCGAACGAUACCUCUCUAUUGACGGCACGCACCUUUCGCCUGUCACACCGCUCCACGAUGACUCUACUAUUGCACACCAGAAUGGCGCGGUCGCAGCCAAACCUCAGCCGGCCCAGUCCAGCCUGCAAACAAUCAUCUUCAACCUUGGUACCAUCGUUCUUGUAUGUGCGGCCGGAGUCUUCGGUUGGUAUCUCAGUGCCCGGAACUCCACCGCUCCCAAUCAGCCAGAUGACCAGGACUCGUCACCCGAAUCAACACUGCACUUCAACCUUUGGGGCCAGAUCUCCGGCUACGUUUGCGCCGCACUCUACCUUGGCUCUCGUGUCCCACAGCUCCUGCUUAACUACCGCCGCAAGUCUACCGAGGGCAUCAGCAUGCUAUUCUUCCUGUUUGCUUGCUUAGGUAACUUGACAUAUGUGUUGAGCAUCCUGGUCUACAAGCCCAAGUGUGGGGGUCAUGUCUGCCAGGGUGGAGAGGGACGUGCUGAGUACGGCAAGUACAUUGCGGUCAACAUGAGCUGGUUAUUGGGCAGCUUUGGCACGUUGUUGUUGGAUGCUGGUGUGUUUGUACAGUACUUCUUGUAUAAGAUGGACGAUGACGAGAGUGACGAAGAGGAGUAA